CGGAAUUUAAAAAUAUUCGAAAUAAAUGUAUCAGGAUUAAAUUACAAAACAAAAUAAAAUGAAAUUUCAUUUAACGCCAUUGUAUUUGAAUUUGAUAUAUAUUUUAACAUUUACUUUAACUAGUAGUGAAAGUGCCAAAAUUUUAGCAGUUUUUGCAUUUCCGGGACCUUCGCAAUACAUUUUAGUGCAACCGUAUUUGAAAGCGUUAAUAGCUAAAGGCCAUAAGUUGACGGUGAUCAAUGCCUUUCCACAAAAGCAACCGAUUGCUAAUUAUCGAGAUGUGGUUGUCACCGAAGUGCAUGGAAAUUAUGAGGAUCUCAUCCAAGGUGCUCAAUACGAACGCAACAAAUGGCAAGAAAUGACAUUUUAUUGUGACUUCUUCUCAAAUGUCACUGAAACUGUGUUGAAAAAUCCCGAUGUUCAAAACUUACUGAAAACGGAAAAAUUCGAUUUAGUGAUACUGGAAGCACUUCACACUGAUGCUUGGUAUGCAUUGGGCAGACAUUUUAAAGCACCUAUGAUUGGUGUCUCCUCCUUUGGUACGGAUCCCGUUAUUGAUGAGUUAAUGGGAAACAUGUCACCUUUAUCGUAUGUGCCCUUAGUAACAGCUGGCCUAACGGAACACAUGACCUAUCCAGAACGUUUAAAAAAUGCCCUGUAUUCGUUAAUGGAAGUUUUGCAUGUCAGAGUAGUACAUUUGCCCAGACAAAGAGGACUUAUAAGGAAAUACCUGCCCCAUAUAAAAGAUGAUAUAUGGGAUUUAAGAACAAAUUUCUCGUUAAUGUUAUUAAAUCAACAUUUUAGCUUGAGUUUUCCCCGACCCUAUGUACCCAGUAUGGUGGAAGUGGGAGGUUUUCAAAUACAUUACAAACCCCAGCCACUACCAAAGGAAAUGCUGGAUUUUAUUAAUUCCUCCUCGGAAGAUGUCAUAUACUUCUCCAUGGGUUCUAAUGUUAAGUCAAAAGAUUUUCCUCCCGAACGUCUGCAGAUGAUUAAUGAAGUCUUUAGUUCUUUGCCCUAUAAAAUUAUGUGGAAAUUCGAAAGUCCCACUUUGCCGGGGAAACCCCAAAAUGUCUUCAUUAGUCCCUGGUUUCCGCAACCUGAUAUUCUCGCUCAUCCUCGUGUUAAACUCUUCAUUUCGCAUGGUGGCCUGCUGAGCACAACCGAAGCGAUAUAUCAUGGCAAGCCCAUGCUGGGACUGCCGGUGUUCUACGAUCAAGCUAUGAACAUUAGAAAAGCCAUACAAUCGGGUUUUGCUUUGGGCUUAAAUUUUGAAACCCUACCCCGCGAAGAGUUUAAGUCCAGCAUUUUGGAAAUGAUGCAUAAUCCAAAAUAUAUUAAUAAUGCAAAAACUAUAUCGAAAAUACAUCAUGAUCAACCCAUGAAACCCUUGGAAGUGGCCGUUUAUUGGACGGAAUAUGUUUUGAGGCACAAAGGUGCGCCGCACUUGCAAAAUCCUGCCCAGAAAAUGAGUUAUAUACAAAAGUACAGCAUAGAUACGGUAGGUGUUUUAAUAGCAGCAGCUGUUUUGGGUGAUAUAUUAGUGAUAAUUGCUGUUUGGAAAAUUGUUGAAUUUGUUUUAGCUAAAAAUGUGUCCAAUAAAGAGAAAGUUAAUUAA